GCCCAGGCGCCAGCCUGCGCGGCUCUUCGCUGAUGGAUGCUGAGCGUCGUUUCGUCGCCAGUGCCGACUCGGCCUGCUCCUCCGCCUCGGCCUCUUCCCUCGCACCCUGCUCGGAACUAUGCGGAGAAAGUCCAGGAUCCUGCUAUGCUUUGCCUUCCUCUGGGUGCUGGGGAUCGCCUACUACAUUUAUCUGGGCAACGGGACGAGCCGGAAGGAUGAGUGGAAUGCUUUGGAUCCAAAUAAGAGAAAGGAUGGUCAGAACGGCAUUGCAGAAGGAAAAGCAAAGAACGUGGAGACAUUACCACCUGGAAAAGUUAAAUGGAAAGACUUCGAUCAGGAGGCUUAUAUCGAGGCUACUUUAGUAAAGACGGGGCAAGAUCCAUAUGUGCGGAAUAAAUUUAAUCAGCUGGAGAGUGACAAGCUGAAGAUGGAUAGAAAUAUUCCAGACACCAGGCACGAUCAAUGUCGGCGGAAGCAGUGGAGAACUGACUUGAUAGCAACGAGUGUAAUCAUUACCUUUCACAAUGAAGCGAGAUCAGCAUUGCUACGCACUGUUGUCAGUGUGCUUAGAAAAAGUCCUCCAUAUCUUAUCAAAGAAAUCAUUUUGGUUGAUGAUUACAGUGACAACCCUGAAGACGGCACUUUACUAUCGAAGAUUGAGAAGGUCCGAAUUCUUCGAAACAACCGACGUGAGGGGCUAAUGCGUUCACGUGUCAGGGGAGCUGAUGCAGCACAAGCAGGCAUACUAACAUUUCUCGACAGCCAUUGCGAAUGCAAUGAACACUGGCUGGAACCACUUCUGGAGAGGGUAGUUGAGGAUAAGACCAGAGUGGUUUCACCAAUAAUUGAUGUUAUCAACAUGGACAACUUUCAAUAUGUGGGGGCAUCUGCUGAUCUAAAAGGCGGAUUUGACUGGAAUCUGGUCUUCAAAUGGGAUUACAUGACUCCAGAACAACGACGAGCUCGUCAGGGCAAUCCCAUCGGCCCCAUUAGAACGCCCAUGAUAGCUGGAGGUCUGUUUGUGAUGGAUAAGAGUUACUUUGAGGAACUUGGAAAAUACGACAUGAUGAUGGAUGUCUGGGGUGGCGAGAACUUGGAGAUUUCUUUUCGGGUAUGGCAAUGCGGAGGCACACUUGAAAUCAUUCCCUGCAGUCGGGUUGGCCAUGUAUUCCGCAAGCAGCAUCCCUAUACCUUUCCAGGAGGCAGCGGCACUGUUUUUGCAAGAAAUACACGCAGGGCAGCUGAGGUCUGGAUGGAUGAAUUCAAGAAUUUCUAUUAUGCAGCAGUGCCUUCAGCUCGCAAUGUACCAUUUGGCAACAUACAAAGCAGAUUGGAACUGAAGAAGAAAUUGGGCUGUAAACCAUUCAAGUGGUACCUAGAAAAUGUCUACCCUGAGCUACGGGUCCCUGAUCAUCAAGAUAUCGCCUUUGGAGCUUUGCAGCAAGGUUCCAAUUGCUUGGAUACAUUGGGUCACUUUGCAGAUGGUGUUGUAGGUGUCUACGAAUGUCACAAUGCAGGAGGAAAUCAGGAAUGGGCACUAACAAAGGACAAGUCAGUGAAACACAUGGAUUUGUGCCUUACUGUGGUGGACCGGGCAGCUGGUUCUCUCAUAAAGCUGCAGGGCUGCAGAGACAAUGACAGCCGACAGAAGUGGGAGCAAAUUGAGAACAACUCCAAACUGAGGCAUGUCAGCAGCAACUUGUGUCUCGACAGUCGGAAUACCAAAAGUGGAGGACUCACUGUGGAAGUCUGCAGUCCAUCCCUUUCACAACAGUGGAAGUUCACACUUAAUUUGCAGCAGUAACACAUCUGCAUUUUGGAACUUACAAAUGUGGACAAUAUUUAAAUUGGUAAAUCAAGUUUGCAUUCAACCAUAUACCUCGAUUUUUGAAAAAAAGUUCCAUUUUCCAUCUUAUCUUGAAUUACUGUAUCGAGUUUUUAAACUGGUGGAUUACUAUUUCUAUAUUUCUUUCUCAUGUAACUAAGUUCCUUCACCUUUUGAACUACAAUAGGACGGUACACAGAAUUCCAUCCCUGCAAGAACCAUUUCGGUUCUUCUGAUGAGGAAAUUUCUAAAAUAAGGAUUUCUGUUUUAUAGGAAAUGGCCUGCAGUAAUCACAAAAGCUGCUUAUCAGCAAGCACAUCAAACAUCCGAGUAUUUACAAGUGGUGGUGUCUGGUCUUGCAGUGCUUCAGAACUCACCUGUUCUUCAGUAUUCUUACUUUCUUUUUGUAUUGACCUUUUAUUCAGAUCUAAAUCUAUUGUGUUUAAUUUUCUGAUGUUUGUUUUUGUUGUGGAAUAUGCAGACUCCAGAUCUCAGUGUGGGAUGGUUUUGAUAACCCAGUGAGUAUUGCUUAAAGAGACAAAUAGUCAGAUAUAGGGAAAUGGGGCAGUAUCAAAGAAAUCCAGAGCCAGAGCCAGUUGCUGUGUGUCAAUUUUGGUAUCUCUUUAUUACGUGAAUCCCAGCACUUUUCUUAUUUCUUUGUGUCCUUAGGUUAGGAUGGGUGAGAGUUAUAACUUUCAGUUGCGAGGCACAAACAUGGCUAAAUGGUAAUGAAUGUCAACAAAGCCUGUUGACAAUUCAAAUAUAUUUUAUAUUUAUUAUGUAAGCAGCUGUGUGACUUAAUUGUUAUAUUACCAAGAUCGUUCCUUCUGUUUGAUUCUAGCCUGCAUUUGCUUGAAACCAUCCAAGAAUUCACUCACUGGCUUCUGCUGUAUUGACUUUUUCAAAGUGGAAUUUGAUUGGUGCCUUGUUUGUUCCAGGUUAGGUGAUUAUAAUAUAUCUUCAGCAGUGACGGUACUUUAUAUUUUGUUUUAUCUCAUGUUCAAAGGCAUAAGAGGAAUCCAUAAAGUAAGUGGCUAAGUAAAUUGAAAGCAAUAGCUGUUUUGGAGAAAUCAGGUCAUUUGCCUCUCAAGCUCACCUAUGCUAACAAGUUCUGCUUAAUAUCAAUUUUCUGUGAAGUCUUAUUUCAUUUAUAUUUAUUUGGUUUACCAAAUUGUUGGCUGUCUUGUCAGGUUACACUGUUAAGUUUUAAUGACCACAAUGCAAUAAAGGUGUCUGGCACUACCAGGAAUACUAAAGGAUGAUUCUCUCCGUAUGUGUGCAUCUCUCUCUCUCUCUCACACACACUCGCCUCUUUUCCCCAUAAGUUUGUUUAUGUGAAAGGGCCGACAGUGAUUUUGAGACUACCUUUCAUGAGCAGAGAGUAAAACUGUCGGGUUCAAGGUGGGAAGGUUAUACUGCUGCUGAAUGUAUCAAUUUUCAAUGUGUUUACAUGCCACAAUGUGCCAAAGUUCAUUUUGUAGAAGAGCUAUGUCCUUUCCAUUUAUAAUAGUCUUGAAACUUUAAAUAACAUUUUGUUCUAUUAGAAAACAUCCUCUUGGUCUUUACAACUCCCCAGAUAUGGAUGGAUUGGUGUUACAAUUCCACCAAUAUUUUAAUCUUCAAGGAACAUCAUUAGACUUAUUUUUGUUUUGAAGUGACUUGUGAUUCUGUUAAAUUCUUUCCCUACAUUCUCUCUCCCCCACCCCACAAGAAAAAGUAAUUGUUUCCAAUAUUUGUAAAGAGUAACAUUAUUCUUGUGCACAAUGCUGUCACUGUGGAGUAUUGGAAAACUUCCCCACAUCUUUUCUUGCUAUAAAGCAUGGUCUUGCUUAGUUUUAUAGGUGCGAUGGAAAGCAUCCUUGAAAAUGAAUCAACAGUAAUAAACUUGUGACCUUUAAAGUCCA